ACCUCGUGCUAGGUAGAUAUGGGAAUAUACUUACAUGAUCCACUCCCCUGGGCGAUGUGGGAUGUUACAUUCCAACCCUCAAGUUAGUUUCUCCAAAUUUAUAGCCGAAUUUUCUUAAUUUCAGAUCUAAGAAACGGUGACCAUGGGUAUUCUGGCCAAUAUCCGGCGAAGUCUGCCUAAAUUGGACCUCAACCAAGAGAGUUCAAUAAGCCCAACAUGCGAGUGGGUUUUUCCGAUGAAGAUGCGAGUUUCUUCCGGCCAAUUUCAGGCAUUUCCAACCUUUUUUUGGUCUGGUGAAGCAAAGUCGUCUUUUCACUGUGCAGCCACUAGCAACUGGUUACAGAGCUUCCUAAAAAUUGCAGUUGUCAAUCUGGAUCCUGCCAACGAUGCAUUGCCAUAUCCUUUUCAAUUUUUUCAUGUUUUGUUGUUCAUAAUUUUGUUGUGUGAUUAAUAUAAGGAAGCCCCUAUAAGAUUUUGGUUUUUUUUUGUGGGUUUUUAAGUUUUUUCAUGGCUUCAGUUUUUGUUUUUGAAUCUGUCUGUAAUGUUUGCAUUGACCAUUUCAUCGAGUUGUCAAUUUGGAUGCUGCCAAUGAUGCAUUAUCGUAUCCUUUUCAGUUUUUUCAUGUUCUGUUGUUUGUAAUUUACAGUGUUGCAUUGUACUCUAAUGCAGAACGUUGAGCCUUUACGUGAAUUUAGUUAUGAACAUUCUGUCAA